AUGGUACCAUUCGAAGACAUGAAUCGAAAUUCAACAUUUUGUUGUUUGAAAGUUACACUUCAAGACCGAUAUAAAUUAGAAUUUCAACAACUUGAGCAUUACCGUUUAAGUCAGUUCUAUGAACAACCACCAAUAAACAGACAUUCAAAACAAUGUAGGGUACCAGAAUUGCUAGAAUUACCUUAUUUGUGUUCGUUAUGGAAAACAGCAUCAAUUCUUCCACGUUUAAUAACGGCAUGCGAACACCAAGUAUAUGUUAAGCUAAUGAAGACAUUUGAUCAAUUAUGUCAAUUAAAUGACAUAGAAUAUACCGAAAUAUCGCUGCGACGGCGCAGCUACAAAGAAAUGGCUGCUAAAAAGGAUGAGGGUGGAUAA